AUGCUUCCCAACACCACGUUUCCAGCAUUCGGACAAUAUUAUUAUGGUAACGCACCACCAAAUGCGUAUGGACGGUAUAAUGUAUAUGAUAAUAUACAACCAACAUCUAUCUAUGGUGAAGAUAUACAUCAAACUUCUUCACUAUCACCGCCUACAACACCUCCACUGACAGAUAAUGGUCCGUAUUCACCGGCUACAACAAUUGCAACGGAUAACCGCAACUAUUCGCGAACAGUAUAUAGUCGCGAGCAAGUGGCCGAAUUGGAGACCGAAUAUAGAAUUUGCAAGUUUGCCACAGGUCCUCGUAGAAGACAAAUAGCGGAACGAAUAGGCGUGGAUGAGUUAAAAAUAAAAGUAUGGUUUAAAAAUAGAAGGGCCAAAGAUAAGAAGCGUUCGGCGAUCGCCCCUUCUAAUUCCGAGGAAAACCGGUUGUCUUCUGUUGCAGAAAUUUUGGACUCUUUAAUUAAUCCCAACGAAGAAGCAUCAUCAACUAGCCAAAAUUCAUUAAAAAGGAUGAGCAGUGACGACUUUCUGCAAGUAUUUGAUGACUAUAUUCAUGGAAAAAGUGAACUACAACCACCGCCUUUAAAGAAACCUAAAGUGGAAAUCUUGGAACAGCUGAUAUUCAAUCCAACUACAAAUUGUUGGACUCGAUACGAGUCUUUAUGUCCGAUGUGA